AUGUUUUGGGGAUUAAUAAUGGAGCCAAACAAACGGUACACUCAAGUGGUGGGUAAACCGUUCCAUAUAUCACAAGCAGCAAUGGAUAUUUCCACCGGUGACAAUGAUCCUUGCCAGGUCAUGGUUGUGGUUGACGGCAAGAACUUCCUUGUCUGCACCUUACAGAAGAACAGAUGCAUACAAGUCCCGCUUGAUCUUUACUUCAAAGCCGGAGACUCGCUUUCCUUCUUGACAAAUGGUAAAUGUAAUGUCCAUCUAACUGGAUACUUGGAUCCCGAGUUUGAAGAUGAGGAAUCGGAUGAGGAGGCUGAGGAAGAGGAAGUAGAAGACGAGGAGGCUCCUCAAGCUAAUAAACGGAAACUUGAGAACGGUACCGAGGGAGCCGUUAGCAAGAAGGCUAAGCCAGAUAAAAGAAUUGCCAAGAAAGAAGAGGUUGAUAGCUCGGACUCGGACGAUGAAGAAAAUGAAUUACAGAAGUUUCUGGAAGGAGAGGACAUAGAUACAGAUGAAAAUGAUGAAUCCUUCAAAGUUAACAGCUCACUUGACGUCAGUGAGGAAGAUGACGAUGAUGAUGACGAUGAAGAUGAUGAAGAUGAAGACGAAGAUGAUGAUGAGGAUGAUGAAAAGGAUGAUUCAUCCGAAAAAGCUGACACAACACUCGACACAAGCGUUGAUAGCAAAGUAGACCAGUCGAAACUUAGCAAGUCGGCUAGGAGACGUCUCAAGAAGAAAAUGACGGUGCAAAAAGAACCGCAAGUGGCCAAUGGUGUGGAAAAAGCAAAGAAAGCCAAGCCCGAACCGAAGGAAAACAAAGCGGAAAAGAAAAAAGAGGUGAAAAAGGAUGUUCAAGAAGGGGAAAAGAAAGAAAAAAAAUCUUUAAGUGGUGGAGUGUUUAUAGAAGACAUUAAAGUAGGCUCGGGACCAGUCGCUAAGCCAGGAAAAGUUGUUAUGGUUUAUUACGAGGGUAGAUUGAAACAGAACAACAAAAUGUUUGACAACUGCCAAAAGGGACCAGGAUUCAGAUUCAAGCUCGGAGCUAAGGAAGUGAUCUCGGGCUGGGAUGUUGGUGUCGCUGGUAUGAAAGUAGGAGGCAAGAGGAAGAUUGUAUGCCCACCACCUAUGGCGUACGGCGCCAAAGGUUCUCCGCCAACCAUCCCACCGAACUCCACAUUAGUCUUUGAAGUUGAAUUGAAGAAUGUUAAGUAA